AUGCAUCAAUUUUACUUUUUGCAUUAAUCAUCAUUUUUCAUUAAAGGUCCCCGCAUUAUCUCUGAACCUGGAAAAAGAAGGGCAAUUCGAUGGGUUCUAAAAAACUUAGUCGAUCUCGGUGCUGAUUUUGACUUUGAACCGAACGGUUUUGAGUUUAAAAACUUAUUGCCCAUUGCUCAUUCCAAAUUCUGA